AUGGCGGCGCCCGCCAAAGAGUUCCAAUUUCCGCCCUUUUACAACUUGCCUCCCUUCUUCACACUGCAGCCGAAUGCUACAGUGAGGGCUAAGCAGAUGGAGCUGUGGACGCAGUUUGUGACUGACUAUUGCAGAUUUCAUCGGAUCUUCAUCCUGGACAUGUCAGAUUCUUCUGCCAUCUUCAAGAGCCUUGGUGUCUUGAUUUCAGGGCCUCCAUGUUCUUGCCAAGUACUUGCCCGUUUUUCCUUACAAUACUAUUUCGCUACAUGCAGUUGCAGAGUAGACAGACGCACCUGCCUCGCACAGGAUCGACUUCUCGUUUUCUGGCGCUCGCCCUCAGCCUGGGCUGACCAAAUCCUGAGCUGGGCAACGGAAUGUGGCCUCAUGGGCAUCCAACGCUGCAUUUGGGGAGUGGGUGGGAAGAGUAGUAGGGUUUUGGGAUAA